AUGUUUUCUUUUCAUUAUCCCUCAGUCCUUCACUGUUCUUCUUCUUCUUCUUCUUCUUCUUCUUCUUCUUAUUAUUAUUAUUAUUAUUAUUAUUAUUGCCUUCAUUCCUUCAAACAUUUUGUUAUAUUUUAUUUUUAUUUCUUUUGUUGUUGUUGCUCUUCUUCUUCUUCUUCUUCUUCUUUUUCUUCUUCUUCUUCUUCUUCUUUUCUUCUUCUUCUUCUUAUUAUUAUUAUUGCCUUCAUUCCUUCAAACAUUUUGUUAUAUUUUAUUUUUAUUGCUUUUUGUUGUUGUUGCUCUUCUUCUUCUUCUUCUUCUUUUCUUCUUCUUCUUCUUCUUCUUCUUUUCUUCUUCUUCUUCUUCUUAUUAUUAUUAUUGCCUUCAUUCCUUCAAACAUUUUGUUAUAUUUUAUUUUUAUUUCUUUUGUUGUUGUUGCUCUUCUUCUUCUUCUUUUUCUUCUUCUUCUUCUUCUUCUUUUCUUCUUCUUCUUCAUCUUAUUAUUAUUAUUGCCUUCAUUCCUUCAAACAUUUUGUUAUAUUUUAUUUUUAUUGCUUUUGUUGUUGUUGCUCUUCUUCUUCUUCUUCUUCUUUUUCUUCUUCUUUUUCUUAUUAUUAUUGCCUUCAUUCCUUCAAACAUUUUGUUAUAUUUUAUUUUUAUUUCUUUUGUUCUUGUUGUUAUUGUUGUUGCUCUUCUUCUUCUUCUUCUUCUUCUUCUUCUUAUUAUUAUUAUUAUUAUUAUUAUUAUUAUUAUUAUUAUUGCCUUAACUUCUUUCCAAAUUGUUCUUGUUCUCCUCCUUCCCUUGAACGAGCCAUAUUCUUUAGUCCAGUACUUCUUCUUUUCUUCUUCUUCGUUUUCUUCUUUUUCUUCUUCUUCUUCUUCUUUCCAUUUUUCUUCUUCUUUCCAUUCUUCCUCUUCUUCUUCUUUCCAUUUUCUACUUCUUUUUCUUCUUCUUCUUCUUCUUCUUCUUCUUUUUCUUCUACUUUCCAUUCUUCUACUUUCCAUUCUUCUUCUUUCCAUUCUUCUUCUUAUUAUUAUUCUUCUUCUUUCCAUUCUUCUUCUUCUUCUUUCCAUUUUUUUCUUCUUCUUCUUCUUUCUAAUCUUUUUCCUCUUUUUCUUCAUCCCAACCUUCAUCUUCUCCUUCUUCUAUCUCUUACAAAUAUUUUUCUUUCGAACCUUCUUCCUCUUCUUCUUCUUCUUUCUAAUUUUCUCCUCUUCUUUUUCUUCAUCCCAAUCGUCAUUUUGAACUUCUAUCUUCCUCUUACCAACGUUCUUUUUUCGAAUCCUCUUUUUCUUCUUUCCAUUCUUGUUCUUAUUCUUCCUCUUCUUCUUCUUCCUUGA